GAGGUUUUUCAGCUAGGUUGUUCUAAACUUAGGAUUCUUGAGUAUCACUUUAGUAAAGCUUUUAGUGUGCUUCUUGAGUGCUGCUUGUUAAUGAAUGUAGCAUCUGUCUAGUGAUUAUUGUGAAUGCUAGAAUCAAUGGCUGUGACCUUGCAAGUGCCCUCAGAACAAUUGUAGCACAUUAGGAGCUGACGCUUAAGUUAUUAAAUCCGUCAAGAAGGGGUAUGUCUCGUUCAUCUCUGUUAAUAUCCAAAGAUGAUGUGAGUUUAUGAGGUAAAAAAUCGUCUUUCUAUCCCUUUGGUUUGUUACGGGGCAAAACCUAUCCUAUUGCUUCUUCAGAAAAGUUGUAUAUAAGAAGCGGAACUGAUGGAUUUCGAUUUUUUAAAGCAAAUGAAGAAUUAUCCUUGCAAGAACUUUUCAACUUCAAUUAUGAACCUUCCAGAUGACUGCUUUGCUCUUAUCCUACAACUGCUUAAUAGACCAAUGGAUCGUAAUUCAUUUGGUUUGACUUGUCAUCGGUGGCUUCAUAUACAGAAUUCAAGUCGACGGAAACUAUGGUUCAAUCAUUAUCAUCAUCCACUUGCGAAAGUUAGCCCUCACAGCUAUUCUUUUCGACUUACUAAGUUAUUGACUCGUUUCCAACAGCUAAAUUUUUUAUCUUUAUCUCACUGCACCGAGUUACCAGAUUCAGCUUUAUCCCACUUACAAAUCUAUGGAUCAAACAUUCAGACCCUGUAUUUAGAGUGUUGCUUAGCCAUUACAGACUAUGGAUUCUCUUUGAUGGCUUCCGGAUGCUCUCGUUUAACGUCUAUAAGUCUGUACCGGUGUAAUAUUAGCGAUGUUGGAUUAGAAUACUUGGCUAAAUCUUGCUCAUCUUUACAGAAGGUAAACCUUUCCUGGUGCGGAAUCACUGAUACAGGUAUAAUAUCCUUGGGUGAAUCAUGUUCGUCCUUGCAGAAGUUGAACCUUUCAAAUUGUGGGUCGGUUUCUGAUAGGGGCAUAAGAUAUCUCUCACAAGCAUGCCGGCAACUCUGCUCAAUCACCAUCUCAUACUGUGAAAGGAUCACCGGCGUUGGCUUUCGUGGGUUUUCAGAAACCUUAACUUCUGUCGAAGCAGUUUCCUGUAAACUUGAACCAGAAGGUAUACAAGCAAUUGUUAGCGGAGGUGGGCUUGAAUAUCUUGACCUCUCGGGUCUUGUUCCCGUUGUGACGCGAUUGGACAGGGUUGGAGGGGGAUUUACGAAGAAUCUACGAGUUCUUAAUCUUCGAAACUGUCGUGAUGUACGCAACACAGCAGUGAUUAAAAUUUCAAAAGGGUGUCCGUUAUUACAGGAAUGGAACUUAGCACAUUGUCAUAACAUUGAUCUUGAUGGAUGGAAAGCUAUUGGGUCGAAUUGUCAUAACCUAGAGAUACUGCAUGUAAACAUGUGUUGGAAUUUACGUGAUUCAGGGUUGCACGCAUUGCUUUCUGACGGAUGCAGGCGUCUAUCGAAGUUAUACAUUUCAAAUUGUAAUGGUCGAAUCAGUUAUUUCACAAUCCAGCAGUUCAAGUGCAGAAGAAGUGAUGUGAAGAUCAAGGAAAAGGAAGUACAGGGUACAAAAACUAAGAACAUCUUCUGAGCUUCCAAGAUCCAUUUUUCCUUUUUGGCUGUUACUUACAGAAGUACAGUUUCAUGAGCUGUUACCUACAAAAAUGUCGUUCUUUUUUGUGUUUCUUGCUGAAUGCUUGGAAUUUGUAGGAAAAGCUUUGCAGGUAGGAUACCUUUUAAUGCCGAUCUUUUUUGUGUUUUUUGCUGAACCAGUUCAAUGCGUGGAAUUUGUAGGAAAAGCUUCGCAAGUAGGCUACUUUUUGAAACAUGCUUGUAUGUUGUAUCCAGUACAAAAUACUGCAUUUGCAGAGCUACUUGGUUGUAUAUUUUUUGAAACAUGGCUUGUAUCAACACUGAUGGAAUUUUGUCUA